ACCCAGGUGAGCCCGGGUGCCCACUGCCCCAGUCCCCCUGGCACAGGCUGCCCCAGGCCCUGCACAGACACGCCAGGCCCUCAGCCCCAGCCCAUGGACCUGCGGGUGGGCCAGCGGCCCCCGGUGGAGCCCCCGCCGGAGCCCACGCUGCUGGCCCUGCAGCACCCCCAGCGCCUGCACCACCACCUCUUCCUGGCUGGCCUGCAGACCCAGCGCUCGGCGGAGACCAUGAGGCUCUCAAUGGACACGCCGUUGCCCGAGUUGCAGGUGGGGCAGCAGGAGCAAGAGCUGCGGCAGCUUCUCAAUAAGGACAAGAGCAAGCGCAGUGCCGUAGCCAGCAGUGUGGUCAAGCAGAAGCUGGCAGAGGUGAUUCUGAAGAAACAGCAGGCAGCCUUAGAGAGGACGGUCCAUCCCAAUAGCCCCAGCGUUCCCUACAGAACUCUUGAGCCCUUGGAGACGGAAGGAGCUGCCCGUUCCAUGCUCAGCAGCUUCCUGCCUCCCGUUCCCAGCCUGCCCAGCGACCCCCCAGAACACUUCCCUCUGCGUAAGACAGUCUCUGAGCCCAACCUGAAGCUGCGCUACAAGCCCAAGAAGUCCCUGGAGCGGAGGAAGAACCCGCUGCUGCGGAAGGAGAGCGCGCCGCCCAGCCUCCGGCGGCGGCCGCCAGAGACCCUCGGCGACUCCUCCCCCAGUAGUAGCAGCACGCCGGCGUCAGGGUGCAGCUCCCCCAAUGACAGCGAGCACGGCCCCAACCCGGUCCUGGGCUCCGAGGCGCUCUUGGGCCAGCGGCUGCGGCUGCAGGAGACCUCUCUGGCUCCGUUCGCCUUGCUGCCCACAAUCACGCUGGGGCUGCCCGCCCCUGCCAGGGCUGAUGGCGACCGCAGGGCCCAUGCGACUCUGGGCCCUCGGGGGCCGGUCCUGGCGAGUCCCCACGCUCCCCUCUUCCUGCCCCAUGGCCUGGAGCCCGAGGCUGGAGGCCCCCUGCCCUCUCGCCUGCAGCCCAUUCUCCUCCUGGAUCCUUCGGCCUCUCACGCCCCCCUGCUGACUGUGCCCGGGCUUGGGCCCCUGCCCUUCCACUUUGCCCAGUCCUUACUGACCACCGAGCGGCCCUCCGGGUCAGGCCUCCACCGGCCUCUGAGCCGGACCCGCUCAGAGCCCCUGCCCCCAAGCGCCACUGCCCCCCCACUGCUGGGCCCCCUGCAGCCCCGCCUGGAGCGGCUCAAACCUCAUGUCCAGCUGAUCAAGAGGCCAGCCAAGCCGAGUGAGAAGCCCCGACUGCAGCAGAUACCCUCGGCUGAGGACCUCCAGACAGAUGGCGGGGGAGUGGGGCCGCUGGGGAAUGACGGCCUGGAACACAGGGAGUCCAGCCAUGGGCAGCAUGAGGCCCGAGGCCCUAUUCCUCUCCAGCAGCACCAGCAGGUGUACCUCUGGGAACAGCAGCGACUGGCUGGGCGGCUCCCCCGGGGAGCCACUGGGGACUCCGUGCUGCCUCCCCUGGCCCAGGGCGGUCACCGGCCUUUGUCCAGGGCUCAGUCGUCCCCAGCCGCGCCUGCCUCACUGCCAACCCCAGAGCCCACCAGCCAGGCCCGUGUCCUGCCCAGCUCAGAGACCCCUGCCCGGACCCUGCCCUUCACCACAGGGCUGGUCUAUGACUCAGUAAUGCUGAAGCACCAGUGCUCCUGCGGAGACAACAGCAGGCACCCGGAGCACGCAGGCCGCAUCCAGAGCAUCUGGUCCCGGCUGCUGGAGCGGGGGCUCCGGAGCCAGUGUGAGUCUCUACGGGGCCGGAAGGCCUCCCUGGAGGAGCUGCAGUCAGUGCACUCGGAGCGGCACGUGCUCCUCUAUGGCACCAACCCGCUCAGCCGCCUCAAACUGGACAAUGGGAAGCUGGCAGGGCUCCUGGCACAGCGGAUGUUCGUGAUGCUGCCCUGCGGUGGCGUCGGGGUGGAUACCGACACCAUCUGGAACGAGCUGCACUCCUCCAAUGCGGCCCGCUGGGCUGCCGGCAGCGUCACUGACCUCGCCUUCAAAGUGGCUUCCCGAGAGCUAAAGAAUGGUUUUGCUGUGGUUCGGCCCCCAGGACACCAUGCAGACCACUCCACAGCCAUGGGCUUCUGCUUCUUCAACUCAGUGGCCAUCGCCUGCCGGCAGCUGCAACAACAGGGCAAGGCCAGCAAGAUCCUCAUCGUGGACUGGGAUGUUCACCAUGGCAACGGCACACAGCAGACCUUCUACCAGGACCCCAGCGUGCUGUACAUCUCCCUCCAUCGCCAUGACGAUGGCAACUUCUUCCCAGGCAGUGGGGCUGUGGAUGAGGUGGGAGCUGGCAGCGGUGAGGGCUUCAAUGUCAACGUGGCCUGGGCUGGAGGUCUGGACCCCCCAGUGGGGGAUCCUGAGUACCUGGCCGCCUUCAGGAUAGUCGUGAUGCCCAUCGCCCGGGAGUUCUCUCCGGACCUGGUCCUGGUGUCAGCUGGGUUUGAUGCUGCCGAGGGUCACCCACCCCCACUGGGUGGCUACCAUGUUUCCGCCAAAUGUUUUGGGUACAUGACGCAGCAGUUGAUGAGCUUGGCGGGAGGUGCGGUGGUGCUGGCCUUGGAGGGUGGCCACGAUCUCACAGCCAUCUGUGACGCCUCUGAGGCCUGUGUGGCUGCUCUUCUAGGCAACAAGGUGGAUCCCCUCUCAGAAGAAGGCUGGAAACAGAAACCCAACCUCAAUGCCAUCCGCUCUCUGGAAGCUGUGAUCCGGGUGCACAGUGAAUACUGGGGCUGCAUGCAGCGCCUGGCCUCCUGUCCAGACUCCUGGGUGCCCAGGGUGCCAGGGGCCGAUGCAGAAGUGGAGGCAGUAACUGCACUGGCAUCCCUCUCCGUGGGCAUCCUGACUGAAGAGCGGACCUCAGAGCAGCUGGUGGAGGAGGAAGAACCCAUGAAUCUUUAG